AUGAAUAUUGACGAAACGCAAGGUUUUCUUGUAGUCUGGCUCGACACUCAUAUUCACACCAACAAUCAAGAUUAUCGGCAUGCAAUCACACAACUUCAACAUAUUGUCACUGAUAUUCCCAUAUUCACCGACAAUGAUCAAUGUGUUGAAUUUAUUCUCAACAGCAUCCACUCAAAAGUGUGUCUCAUCACUUCAGGAUCAAUUGGACAGUUUAUCCUAUCAUGUGUACACGACAUUCCAAACAUUGAUUCCAUGUUCAUCUUCUGUAACAACCAAAAUCGACAUGAACAAUUGGCAAAAAAAUGGUCAAAGGUGAAAUGUGUCUCUAUAGAUAUUAUGACUAUUUGUGAACAGCUGAAACAAAUCAUUCGUCGACAUGAGCUCAAUGACAUUCCCAUGAGUUUCGUACAACCUGGCAAAAGAACAGAUCAACUUGAUCCAUCAUUCAUGUACACUCAAAUCAUCAAAGAAAUAUUGUUGACCAUCAGAUUCGAACAUAAACACAUCAAAGAAUAUGUGGAUUUCUAUUGUGACAAGUUUGUUGACAAUGACGUUGAUCGAAAGAAAGUGAAGCAACUGGAAGAUGAAUAUGACAAGCACACACCCAUUUGGUGGUACACAACAGAGAGAUUUCUGUAUGGUAUGCUGAAUCGUGCACUACGAGUGAUGGAUGGUAAGGUGAUGACUUUGAUGGGCUUUUUCAUUAGUGAUCUUCAUCGACACAUCGAAGAACUACACAAACAACAGUUCAGAGACAAAGCCAGUGUCGAAACGUUCACAGUUUAUCGUGGUCAAGGUUUGUCAAAGAAAGCUUUUGAUGAGUUGGUGGCAUCGAAGGGUGGACUGAUGUCAUUCAACAACUUCCUGUCAACCAGUAAAAAUCGCGAUGUCUCUCUCAUCUUCACUCUAGGGAGUGAAAAGAGCGGAGAUGUUGUAAGCGUCCUGUUUGUCAUGACAAUUAAUUCAAAAGAAUCAACGGCAGUUUUAGCUUCCGUUCGUGAUAUCAGUCAGUUUGCACAAGAGGAAGAAGUUUUGUUUUCGAUGCACAGCAUCUUUCGCAUCAAUGAUGUAAAGCCAAUGCAAGGAAAUGAGGAAGUGUAUGAAGUGGAGCUGUCGCUGACAAGUGACAAUGAUGAAGAGUUGCGUGUGCUAACUGAGCAAAUUCGAAAAGAGAGUUUUCCAGAUGCCGAAGGAUGGAAGCGAUUAGGCCUGGUGUUUAGUAACAUAGGACAGUUAGAUAUUGCUGAACAAAUCUAUAAAGUUACAGUCAAUGAAAAAUUUGCUGGUUGCCUUCAAGCGGAUACCUAUAAUCAACUUGGUACAAUUAAAUAUCAGCAAGGGCAACAUGAAGAGGCUAUAAUACUUUAUCAGAAAGCUCUUGAACUUCAACAACAAUCACUUCCCUCCAAUCAUCCUGAUGUGGCCAAAUCCUACAACAACAUCGGUGCAGUGUAUUCGAGCAUGGGUGAUUAUUCCAGAGCCCUUUCGUCACAUGAACAAGCUCUCAAUAUUAGACAACAAUCACUUCCCUCCAAUCAUCCUGAUGUGGCAUCAUCCUACGGUAACAUCGGUACAGUGUACAGACACAUGGGUGAUUAUUCCAGAGCACUUUCGUCAUAUGAACAAGCUCUCAAUAUUAGACAACAAUCACUUCCAUCCAAUCAUCCUGAUGUGGCAUCAUCCUACGGUAACAUCGGUAAUGUGUACAGACACAUGGGUGAUUAUUCCAGAGCACUUUCGUCAUAUGAACAAGCUCUCAAUAUUACACAACAAUCACUUCCCUCCAAUCAUCCUGAUGUGGCAUCAUCCUACAACAACAUCGGUGCAGUGUAUUCGAGCAUGGGUGAUUAUUCCAGAGCCCUUUCGUCACAUGAACAAGCUCUCAAUAUUAGACAACAAUCACUUCCCUCCAAUCAUCCUGAUGUGGCAUCAUCCUACNUCAACGGCAGUUUUAGCUUCCGUUCGUGA